AUGUCAGAGUUUACUAGAAUAGAAGACGUAGAUGCAUUCUGCUUGAAGCUGUACUCCGGUGACAAGAAGGCCACGCUGAAGGUGACCUUGGAGGGUUGGCGGCGAAUAAUCGAUGAGAUAGGGCUUGGGCUGCUGCUGGCGGUGCUGCAGCACUCUACAAGCGCCUACUCCAUAAUGUUUGUGUCACGGGCUGCCUCGGAGUGCCUCGAGACGAUUUUUAGCGACGUCGAGCAGCUCACGCAGUUCACGACGAGUGUGUACGACCUGCUGUGCGCGCGCGACCCCGAGCUCAACGCGGCGGCGAAGCUAGCGCUACGGCAGCUGGUGUGUGUGGCCGUCCAGCGUGGGUAUCGAUAUUCUCCUACCUUGGCACAAAUGGCCUCCAGCGUCUGCACAUCUUGCUUUAGUUUUAUCCGCCACGAGGCGCAGUGGGAUCGACUACGUGUUGGGUGUGAAGUCCUGGCUGACCUCGUCGUGACGUUGAAUGAGCACCGCAUGUCAACAUUUGCGAGCGACGUGAGCAUCGCAAAGUCGUUUCGCGACGAGCAUCUGCUGGACGUGUACCGGCUUGCGGUGGAGAUCGUGAAGCAGGUGCCGCCAAGCUGCCGGAUCGGCGUGGCAGCGGCGCUUCGGUUGGCGCAGCGCGUGCUGGACUUCGACUUCACAUGCGACGCGGGUCUCGUGGACGCUGAGGAAAACCCGGUCACGCGCACCUACCCGGAGAGCUGGACACCAUACCUUGUUGAUGUAUCCUUUGUGGACCGACUGUGGAGUCUCUACCGUAUUGCAGACUGGGAGGCGGAAGUCGCGCAGAGCGUGCUCGAGGUGCUGGCCGCGUUGGUGUCGCUGCGCAAAACGGUCUUUGUUGACGCGGCGGUGCGUCAGCAGUGGUACGGCGUGCUGCUGCUGCAGUCGCAACUUGUAAUGAAGCGCUACACCCACCUUGAGGAAGAGGACACCCUCAGCGUGUUCAGCCGUCUUCUCAAUCGCGUUAAGCCGAACUGCGAGAUGAACGAGUUGAUGCAGCACGAUGUGUUCCCGCGAUGGAUCGAGUCCCUGCGCGACUUUACGAAGCAGUGCUUCACCAACUGGCGUCACGCCUCCACCUCGCUGCUCUCGUUGCUCAGCACGUGGGCGUGCCUCAUCGAGGCCAGAUCGUACGCGUCAUACGACACAGCCGCCAUGGCGCAGGCCGCACUGGAGGUAGUGAAGAACUACUUGGAUUGUAUUCACAGCCGCGUCCACGUGUUUACGACAGAGUUCGGCAGAGUGAUGGCCGUCGACGAUGCCCAGGCCGGUGGGCUGCGGCUGCCGACGCACAACACGCACGUGGUUUACAUGUUGGACGACGACAGGGAGGGCGUGCGACUGGAGACGGAGUUUGUGCUCAAGAUUGUCACCGGGUGUGGCGAGGAGGCGUGGGACGUGGUAGAGGCGUACGCGGAAGGGGUCGGGCAGGCCGUCCUGUCGCUGCUGCGAGGUGCCUCGCCGAAUCUUUCUGCUGAUCACGUCGUGGUCAUCGAGGAAGGGGCGUGGUCGCUUCACCUGUUGAAUGCGGCCCUCCUCUCCGCCGGGGCGGUCGACCAAGGAGCUCCGCACGUGCUGUUGAUGCUCCUACACAGCUUAAUGCAACUGACGCAGUACGCGUCGGGCGCCGACUCGCUUGAUCGCCUGCCCGGUCUCGUCCACGGCCACUUUGCCUCCAGCGCCGUCCAGGCACUCGGCACCGUACUCGCCAAGACGGUGUCGGUGUACGUGCACUCCAACCGAAAGACCUCCGCCUUUGUCGAGCAGCUCAACGCGCGGCUGCGCCAGUGUGAGGAGAUGGACGCCGCCGGCACCUUUGGGGUGUACUUUGUGAACCUCGCCGUGUACACCCUGUGGGCGAUGCUGAACGCCACGAACAUGCCGAGCGAGGUGCGCAUCGAGGCGCUGGAGCUGCUGAAUGAAUGGACCUCGACCCCCAGCGUGCUGCGACUGCUGAAGGAGACGCAGUCGUACAAGCUAGUGAUGAACCUCUCGGCCGAGUCCUUCCCCGCACCGCUGCGUCAGGCCGACGCCUUUGCGCCGCGCUACUUGUUUGUGCGCUGCGUCGCACAGGUCCUCUUCUUCGACACCGCCACCUUGACCGACAGCGCCGUGAAUGCGUUGAUGGAGCCGCUGCUGGCGCGCAUCACAGAGGUGCUCUCGUACACCACACCGCAGCCAGCGGCGAGCCAUCAGGCAACCCUCGCUCUGACACUGUGCGAUGUGCGGGGAGUGCUGAGCUGCACGGAGCGCCGGCCCUACCGCAUCAUUAUGGACAUGAUUGAGCCAUCGCUCUACCCCCUCGCCGAUGCGGCGCUGCGCGAAGACAGCGGCAAUCAGCUGGCCGUCGUGCAGCUUUUGAAGCUGGUCAACGAGCUCGCCGUGAACAAGAGUCAACGUAUCGUUUACGGGGUGCAGAGCGCCCGACCGGUGCUCAUCUUCCGCUACGCCAGCCACGUCCUGGUGCGUGCGGCGAGGUUGGCCCAGUUAGCGUUGGGGAGCACGGGCGGCGCCGCCGCGCUGCACCGAGACGCCCAGGCGCCGCUAACGGAAUGGGGGUGGAAGGUGAUGCGGCUGAGCCUCGCGGUGGCGUGCAGCAUUAUGCAGGGCGGGUGGUGCAACCUCGGUGUGCUCCAGCUCUACUCAGAUCCGGCGCUCACCAACGUGCUGGAGAGCGUGUGGCAGCUGCUCACCACCCCGCCCCACAGCGAGUUGGCAGUGCGUCCAAAGGUGUGUACGGCGGUGGUGAAGACGGUGAACGCCCUGUCGUCUCGAUUUUUCCACUGGUUUUGGGUGAAGCAGCCGCCGUCGGCCGUGUCGGCGGUUGUCGGAUUUGUCGAAGCGCUCGCCUUCCCUGCCUCUGCCGGUACGGUGGAGAGCGCGCAGCAGAACGACGCCCUCCAGACCCUCGACCGCCUCAUCAACUGCUGCUGGGUUCGGACGAUGUUUCCGACGGAGGAGGCGCAGCAGGCAGCGGCCAUGAAGGCGAUGCUGCUGCAGGCCGAUGCGUUAAUCUUCCAUCGCAUCGCCACCUGCGCGCUGGAGCGCUCCGUCGCGGUGGACAACCACACCGUGCGAAAGAUGCUUCCUAGUCUCUUCUACGUCGAGGGCGACGCGCUGACGGAGGUGGCGAAUUACUUCUGCACGCGUGGCACCUCGCCAGAGGCGUCGCAGGCGCUGCGUGCGCAGUUCGCUGAGAUCCAGCGCCAAGUCGCGGCCUCGCCGGACAUUACGAAUGAAACGAUCAACGAGCUGCAGAACUCGCUGCACACCCUCAUGGACACGCUAAAGGUAUCUUUGUAG